AUGACGCCCCCCGUAGCCACCGACGCUGCUUUCUCGCACAGCUCAAACGGCGUAGUCUUGUCUACGUCCGUGGAUCCCUCCGGCACGGUGCUCGUCAUUGGCUCCAUGACCUCUGCUCAGAGCGGCGCAUACCAAAAGGCUGUCGAAGCGUACUCGGGUCGUCAGGUCGAAAUGCACAUGGUCGACCGUCUCACGGACGGCGCUACGUCGCUCAGUGCGAACACAUACCCUCUCGCUCAUCUCGCCGUGAACUACGCAGAAGCCGCGUCGCCUGUUCUACUCUCCAGCCUUCACUCGGCACUUCAGCCCAAGGCGAAACUGAUUGUCGAAGCUGCAGAGCUUGUCGACGCUUCAACAGCACAGAAGGUCAAGGCUGAACUCAUCAUUGCCGGCUUCACCGACAUUCAGGUCGACGUAGCUACCGGCAGCGUGUCUGCAUCCAAGCCCGCAACUGCUUCUAGCUCCUUCUCGAUCGGCUCGUCUUCCGGCUCGUCUUCGGCACUUCCUUUGCGAAGGAAGCUUGGCAGUGGCGCAUCGGCCAAUGCGAAAAAGUCGCUCUGGGCCACGCAACCUGCGUCCGCCAACGACUUGAUCGACGAAGCGUCGCUGCUGCGCGAUGCGGAUUUCGUCGCAACCACGGCGGUCAAGCGUCCCGACUGCGACGUUGGCGCUGGCCAAGGUAAAAAGAAAAAGGCAUGCAAGGGCUGCACCUGUGGCCUGCGCGAGCUACAGGAAGAAGAGAAACGCACUGCCAACACCAACAUCGUCCAACUCGACACUGACGACAUGGACAUGCCCAACGCCGACACACCCGCCACUACAAAGAGAACCGAAGUCAUCGAAACCAUCAUCGGCAAGGACGGCAAGCCAAAGACAAUCAAGCGCAUUCAGGUGGAUACAAAGGGCGCCACCAGCUCCUGUGGAAGCUGCUUCCUCGGCGAUGCGUUCAGAUGCUCCAGCUGCCCCUACCUCGGACUGCCUGCUUUUGAGCCUGGUCAAAAGGUCGAGAUCCCUGUGGGGAUGGAUGAUGACAUUUGA